AUGGUGUGCUUUCGCGGCAAGACGGUUCUAGCCUGGGCACUGGCCAUCAGCAGUGCUUGUGCCGGUCCGCUUCAGCCGGUGGUGGUUCGCACACGCCCUGCGCCUGACAGUAUGGAUGCGGAUACCCUGAGGGUAGUCAGUCGAGCACUUGCUUCGGCCAGAUUACAUGAAAGAGCCACGCCGCUCAACACGAGCAUCAGCCUCGAUAAGAGCUGGGAGGGGGCCACGCUCUUCAGCUUUGAAGCUUCAAAGGCUAGCAACACCAAGAAUAGUAAUUCAUCCACCUCAACCAAGGUGGAGAUUGUCUGUUCGACAUGCUACGUCAAAGGCAAGGCGACGACAAGGUUCACCGUCGAGCCGGGCUUCAACGCUAGCAACGACUUCAAUAACUUCACCAGGGAGGUUAAGGGAGAGGUUGCCAACCUCACCUCCAAUGUGAUAGACUACGUCCAGAACUCCACCGGCACUAUUCUCAGCAACCUGGCCGACGGCUUCGAUCCGGACGACUUUGACCUACCACCCAUCGACCUGGACUUUGACGUCAAGCUCCCGACCAUGCCCGAGGCCUCGCUGAGUUUCACAUUUGACGGCAUGGAGAUCUUCAUGAAGCUCGACACCGUGCUGUCGGGUAGCGCGACCUACACCCUGCGCCUCUUCACGUCCAACACCCCGGUUGGGUUCGGCGUCGGCUCUGACCUCACGCUCGGCAUCAUAUUUACCGUCGACCUCAUCCUCAGCGUCGACGCGGCCAUCGACAUCAGCACCGGAGUCCACAUCAAGCUCGAAGACGGCGUCGGCAUCAACAUCCCCAUGUUCUCCAAGAACGUGUCCAAGAUUGCCUUUCCCGGAGGACGGUUUGAGUUCCUUCCCGUCACCGUCGAGUCGGCGGGCGCCGUGAUGCAGGCCGUACUGCGCCUCGGCGUGCACGCGGGCCUCGACGUGUCGGAACCCAAGCUCGGCAUCGGUGCGGGUGUCGAGGUCAGUGUCUGGGCUAACGUCGUUGAGUUCACCACCAACGUCACAGCCGUCAACGAAGAGAAGGGAUGCGACCUGCGCGUCGUCGAGGCGUACCAGUUCGCCAUCGGCGCGGCAGCCGGCGCCACCGCCGCCCUUGGCGCCCGCACCUGGGGCCCCACGCCGCAAACGCAGGUCCCCAUCUUCUACACGACACUGGCGGCCGCGUGCCUCACGGCCGGGCACCGCCGCUCGUCGUCGGCGCUGCCGCCGACGACAGCUACCGUCAAGGGCCGGGCGGAUCUCACGACGACAACCAUCAGCACGAAGGUCACGCACACCGGCGUGGCGUGCAUCUCGAUCGGACUCAUCAACUGCCCGGCGUCGCUGCAGUCGACGACAAAGUUCACGGAGACGGUCACGCUGGUCACGUCUGUGCCGUCGGGCUCGCAGGCGACGUUCCCUCUUACGACGCUGGCCUCAGUGCCGACUACCGUGCCGUUCGGGAAGGAGGCCAUCAAGCUCAUUUCUUCGACGGGCAGCCCCGUCUCAUUUGUGCCGCCUCCGUCACCGACAGCGUCUGGCAAGUCCAGCACGAAUGAUAAGCCCAGCGAUGGUGGCUCCAAAGACGAACCCAACCUCUUCAAAGGUGAGACGGGAGGUGUUAGCAACAAAGUUAUCAUUGGUGUUAGCGUGGGUGUCGGCUUGCCCGUCCUGAUGGCUAUUGGAGUUGGAUUAUAUAUUUACGUUCGCAAGCGGAGCGGAUACUCUCCUGCAUCUCAGGAUACUGGUCCUCAGGCCAACGACCAACUGCUCGGUUUGGAGAGGGAUAUGGCCGAGCAAAGCAAGAAGGCUCCUCAGGUGUCGGUUUCAGAAAGAUCUUCAUGA